AUGGCUUACAAAAGCUACAGCAUCGGCAGCACUCUUCAUACGCACGGUCUAUCUGGUGUGCACUUGGAUUUGCCGUCCAACUCAACACCGAACACGCAAUUCAACUGCGAGGUAUGGACCGCACCCGCCCAGUCCGUCACGCCAAAGAUCCUGUCUCCAUUGCUCUCCUGCAAACCAUACACGGUCGGCUACACCUCUCCGCAAGCCACGACAAAUGGAAAACCCACGAAUCACACAAUCUGUGUGCGCGACAUCACGUUUCUCGACCGCCGCGACCAACGAACACGGCACUAUGACUCAGUUUUCACAGUCCAGUUUGUCAGUCGUACGAAGUUCCAAAACCGACCAGAAGGGCAUAAACACAAAACUCCAACUCGGAAAAUCGGGACUCCCCUGGCUCUGCCCCAUCGCAGCAGCGUGGGUGCUGCAAGUACUGCACACAACAUCGGGCCCUACCCUGCAGACCCACUGUGUUGUGCAUCCCGCGGGAAGCUCAUCAAAUGCGAGGAAAUAGCACUGCUAAUCCAAACUGCCGCUGCAGCCAUCGGCCUCGGCAGUUCGAAGUACUUGACACACUCGCUCCGAAGCGGCGGCGCGACAGCACUUUUCAACGGUGGCGCGACCGAUCUGUCCAUCCAGUUUUUUGGUCACUGGUCCUCGGACACGUACAAAAUGUACACUCGUAUCAGCGGGCACGAAGUCGCUGGCAUGAAAACCAACAUGGUAUCAAGUGCCCUGUGA